CGCUACGGUCUCACCGUCUUUCACAAUUUCAAGAUCAGGAGUUUAAUAUAUCUCAAAAUUUGAGCCCACAGCAGUCGCCGCCGUAUGCUGGACAAUUUGGACGAGGGGCAGCGUUGUGCCUCCGCUCGCCGCUUACAUAAUGUCUGUGUUGCUGGGGUCAAAGACAUGGAAAUUGGUCACCAGCAGGCGGCACUUCCUGCUUCUGCGUCGAUCGCUGAACCAAGACCUUACAACUGCUCUCAGACCCUUUUAUUUCGCUGUUCAUCCGGACUUCUUUGCCCAGCAUCCUGAGCAGAGGAGCACCAACGAGAACUCCCUGAAAUUGCUGAGUGAGCACUUGGAGGCUUUGUAUGAACGCAGACAGCGCAGUGGGGACUCCCAGGUGCUCAAGUUUUAUGUGCGCACCAGUUCAGAUGCCGACAAACGGGACUCCUUCAAGCUGAUCCAGAUUCGCACGGACUGGCAAAGCACUCGAGAUCCCAAGACCUUCAUUCAAGGUCUCCUGGAAUCCUGUAACCUGUCCACGGAGUAUGUCAAGAACAUCAAGGCGCAGCCGGAGCCGCCAAAGACCUCUGGCUUGGAUUUUAAGCCAGGCCAGGACUAUCACUACGACACAGAGUUCGCCGACUUUGAAACUCAGUUGAAGAAUGAGAGGGCUAGCAAGCGUCCAGUAUUGACCACUUGGUUGGAGGAGAACGCCGGUACGGCUAAACAGCGCUCCAAGGAAACCGCGGAUCUUCAGGCCGAGAUCAAUAAGCUCCAAAAAGUGCUGGUGGAGAAGCUGGAUCUGCGGGAUGCCCGCUACGAGUGCGGCUGGAACAUCGAACACUAUCGUGGGUGCUUAAAGACUCUCGAGAGAUUGGCCAACACCCACCUAAAGGAAAUGUCGGCUCUAAAAGGUCGCAUUGUUGUUUUUGCUCCCUUCACGGGCAUCAGUUUAGAGGGGCAUGUGAUGCUCUUCACCGGCGAUGUGCUCAACACCUGGAUUGACUUCAUCAAGAACAUUCCGCACCAUGAUGCUUAUUUGAAGGUGGUGCCCGUUUAUGAACGGACACUCGCUCAGGUUCUACUAGAGAUCCAGAUUGGGCGGCGGAAGUUUAUGCCCAAGCAGCAGGCUAGGGGCUAUGCAAGCUACCUCAUGAAAGUGACCACUUCGCUCAACGAUUACAUAGGUAAACAAAAAUAUCCGGCCGAGUGGCCGAAAACUCUCAAGGAGUUCACCAUCGUGGUGGAAUCGGAGGCGGGACCACUCAUGGUGAGCCCCACGGGUCAGUUCAUUACACCAGCCACAUGUCCGGGAUCCAUUCUCGUUGACUUCAUCACCGUUAACAUGGAACUGGCCAGGGAACGAAUGAAGAAGUACGCCCAGGAUAAGCACGUCGAGGAAGAGCUUAUGGAGUCGUGUAUAGAGCAGCUGCAGCUGCAAUCUCUCACCAAAGACGAUGCCAUUACCCCUGACAAGAUGAUUAAAGCCCUUAGAGAUCUAUCCCAGUUGCAAGUGCAGCAACUGCAAGAAUGCAAACUGCACAUUACUCACUACUAUUCAGUUCUGACCGAUGGCGUAGUAUGCAUACCUUGGGACUUUAAGCAGAGUUAUUGAGGCUGCAUCAUCCCCAUUCUCUUCCAGCUAGGCGGCAUCGCUGCAGUCCUCCAGACUCCAAGUGCACUCCACCUGAUGAGUUGAAAACUCCGAUGCA